AUGUCGGAAGAAAAUAUCGAAGCGUACUUUUACUCCUUAGAGUUUUGGUUCGAGGCGUCUCUUAUAUCCAGCGAUGUAAGAAAAUUUAACAUCGUCCUCGCCAGCGUCCCUCCAAAGAAGCUGAUGGAGCUGAAGCCAAUAAUCGAAACAGCACCUCCAAAUGGAAAGUACGCAUACAUUCGGGAAAAACUAAUUGAUAAUUUCACAGACAGCCAGCAACGACGCUUACAGCGUGUCGUGAAAGAUAUGGCUCUUGGCGAUCGGAGGCCAAGUGAUAUUUACAAGGAAAUGAAACGCGUCGCCGGCAAUACGCUCAGUGAUAGCAUCAUCCACGACCUUUGGUUGAGGAGACUACCGCCCUAUGUACAAGCAGCUGCAAUCGCUGCAAACGUUGCAGUGGCAGAAAAAUUAAAAAUUGCAGAUUUAAUCAUUGAAUCUAUUGACCUGCAUAACAAUUUGGUUCACUCAAUUUCGUCCAACGGAGAAGUCGCUAAUUUUAGACAAGAAGUAACGGAACUUACGCGAAAUAUGCAAAAACUUUUGAAGGUCAAAGCUCGCUCUCGAUCUCGCUUAAAGUCCUGUACAGUACAUGUCAGAGGUACAUCAAACGGUGAAACCAGCUGGUAUCAUAAGAAGUUUGGUGACAAUGCAACGAAAUGCCGCGAACCGUGUAGCUACAAAAACAGUUCGAAAUGCAACAAAAGCCCAUAG